CGUUCGCAGCUGCAGGAGUAGUGGAUUUGUUGCCGAGAGCACAGGCUGCGGUGUUACAGGGGCACAGUUUCUGUCGGGGACCCCCAGGCGGUGUAGUCUGAGCGGGGCAGGAAGGAUCCGCUGUGUUGGAAAGACUUUGCCCCGGGGAUCAGAGGUGACCGAGCUCCAGAUCAGCCGACUGCAAGAGCAACUCAAGAGCCCGUUCCUUGGUCACUCAUGGUUGUCGCUCAACCAGGAUCCAUCCUGGGGCAGUCAGAACUUCCCAUCCAUUUAGCUCCGUCCAACCAUUCAAUGUCACCGGAGAGAAAGGGAGAAGAGGACUGUGAAUUAGAGGCGCCCUGCGAAGAGCUGGAAGGGGACUCCGUGUCCUCAGAAGGUGGACGGAUGACAGACAGCACUGAUGACGAGGAGACCAGCAGCACAGAGAGCUCUCAUGCUCGGAAGGAAGAGGAGGUGGGCAGCCAGGUCCAGAGGAGGCUGGAGAUCGAACAGUUAAAAGUCAUGGGUCGGAUUUCCCAGCUGGAGCAAGAAAUCCGAGAUCUGCAGCUGCAGCGGCGAGAGUUAAACAUCGAGGUGGAAAUGGAGAUAGCUUUGUUGGAAGGGGAGCUGAGGACGGAGAGGAAGAAGAUGGAGCAGGAGGAGGAGCUGAUAGGCUCUUUGCACGGGCAGCUGAGAGAAACGGAGAGGAGGUGGCAGGAAGAGAAAGAGAAGGACAAGCUCCGUCUUCAGGUAGAGAAGAAGAAGGUCCAAGAUCUCGAGCAGAAGAUAUCCGAGUGCCGUGCGCAGUUGGACAAGCAGCCAGAGAGCUUACGGGAACAGUUGCGGAAGCAGAUCCAAGAGAUGAUGGAGACUAUGGAUACAGCUGUGAAAUCCUUCGACGAUCUGGAGUUCCAACAACUGGAGACCGAGAGCAGCCGAGAGGAAGAACGCGAGGCUUCAUACAGACAAAUCUCGCAGGACAUAUCCAGGCAACAAAAUGAGCUGAACCGGCGGAAGGAUAAGGUGCUGCGUCUGGAGGAGCAGAUACGGGGUGCGCAGGACCAGGCAGCGGCCGACCGGCGCCGGAUUAGCGAAGAGAAUACCAAGAUCUUCAAGUCGUUGAACCAGGAAAAGGAGCGCUUACUGUCACUCAGUGCCUUGAUUGGGAAGGACUCAGAAAAACAGGAAAAAAAGGAAAUUACCCCCAGAAAGGGACUCCAGAGAACUUCCAGUUUACCCAGAAGAAGAGGUAAUGCCCCAUUUGUCCGGCCAACCGACAGACCAGUAUCUCUGAAUGGCAGCACCUGCUUGGAGAGCCUCGGUAUUACGUUGAACCUUGCCGUGUCCUCUAACAACACCAAUGGCAAAGCUGGACAGUCAGUUAGUCCAAGUCUUGAAAAAGCUCGGAGCCCUGAUAUCCAAGGAGAAGAGAGAAGUGGGUCAAAGGAAGGCAAAUCUCAAAAUGGCCUCGGAAGACUAUCGGGCACCUAUGGGCCCCUACCCAAAAUAGCUGAGAUUGAGCGCCAGCUGCGGGAAGCUAUGGCGGAGAAAGAGCGCCUCCUAAAGGCCAGGGAGGAGAAGAGGGCAGCUAAAGAGAUGAAGACCCGGCGUCUAGAAAUGGAUCAAAGUCAAGCGAAGGAGCAAUUACCGAUCACUAGUCCAGCGACGGCGCAGCCAGCCACGGCCGAAGCAGCUAAGGAACCCGUGAAAGUCCUCUCCGUACCUUGCUCCCAAACAUCGGUCGACCUCCGAGCGUACUUAGAGGCGUCGGGUCACAGCGUGGAGACCUGUCCACAGGUGCGGGUCAGUGCGUCGUGCUGCCGGGGGUACCUGGUCAAGAUGGGCGGACGCAUUAAGACGUGGAAGAAACGCUGGUUUGUGUUCGACAGACAGAAGAGACGCCUUGCCUACUACUCAGAUAAAGAGGAACAGAAGCUGAAAGGGGUGAUAUAUUUCCAGGCCAUCGAAGAGGUUUAUUAUGAUCAUCUAAGAAGUGCUUUUAAGAGCCCGCACCCCAAACUGACGUUUUGUUUGAAGACCUUCGAAAGGCUUUUCUGUAUGGUGGCUCCAACACCAGAAGCCAUGAGGAUAUGGAUGGAUGUAAUGGUGACUGCAGCCGAGGAAAAUUCUCGUUACUGAAGACUUGUUAAUAAGAUUGAGGCCAAGGAAACAGUUUCUAGAAGGACAUCAGGAUUGGAAUGAGAAGUAAAACCAGAGGAAACGAGAUGUGUUUUCUUGUGUGAUCCAGAUGACACAUUUUUUAAGGCACAUUGUGUCGGACGGACAUUUCUAAUUCUGAGUUCUAUUAUAUAUGUACAUUAUUGUAUAUAUUAAUGGACAUCUGUGGACAAAGGAUGCUCUCAACCAAGAGUUCAUAAUCUCUUCAACCUCUUAUGGGGUUGGGUUGUAUCUCUAAAGUAACAAUGUGAUGAUGUCUUUGAAGAUCUAAACUCACAUGGAUGAUUUUUCUAGAAGAACAAUGAUUCCUUGAGGAACAGAAACCAAGAACUGUGUCCACUGGCAAGACACGAAGGAGAAGAAUCGGUGGAGAUUCUUCUACUCUUUGGAAGUUGGUCAAGUGAGUCUGGUGAACCCUUCGCAAGAGGACGUCUCAAGCUUCAUAAUCAAUAGGGGUGAACUGGAGAACCUAGGUGGUCUUCUUUUGUAACAUGCCAGGAGUUUGGUAUUACUGGACAUUUGACUUUAUUUGUUGUGAUCUCCAAGAGAUUUUGAUGAAUGUAUUGGCAUGUAGUUCAGUGUGCGUAAAAUGACUUUUAAUGAGUAGUGAUGGUUACGUACAACAGAUGUUCAGCCAGGUGCCACGAGUAAAUGGAAGAGCUGACAAUCUGUCCCAUAAGAAUGGAUCCAAAGGGGUACCCGGUAGUUUAAAGACACAACAAUAAACUCUAUAAAGGUUCUCGAAGUCCGAGGAGAACUCUGGACACUACUGAGACCUUCCUCAACACAUACUGGAUGUCCAGCCAUGGCCUUUGCUUUGAUGAGCUGCUCUC